AUGGUCCGUGAUCUCUUUCAGGAGGAAGACGCGAAGGCCAUUCUCUCCAUUAGCAUCUGCGAAGGGAUGGUGGAUAAUUUUGCUUGGCACUUUGAUCAACGUGGCAUCUUCUCUGUCAAAUCUGCUUAUAAGAUUGGUGUUAUGCUGCGCGAUAGAAGGCUGGGAAGAGAUGUUGCAACUUCUAAGGAAAAUUCUGCUAACAACACUGUCAAAUUUGACUGGAAGCAUGUCUGGUCCCUGAAGGCCACCAGCAAGGUAAAGAUGUUUGUGUGGCGCCUUGCCCACAACAGUCUGGCUAACUGCAUGAAAAUUCAAAAGCUGGGUGUGGGCUUGGACACUGGGUGCCCUGUUUGCCAUAGGUUAAAUGAAGAUGGAGGCCACACCUUCCUAAAGUGCAAGAAAGCUAAAGAAUGCCGGAACAUUUUGGCUUUGGGAGAGACCCGAGAAAAGCCCAUGCUCUGUAAUUCAGCCCACUCCAUGCUUCAGGAGCUCUGGAGGUGUGAUGAAGACACGCAGCUGAAGGCCGUGACCUUUAUGUGGGAGUGGUGGAAUGUUCGCAACAAGGCCAAUGCUGGUGAGGCGGCUCCAAAGCCUCAAGUGGUUUGCCACUAUGUGGAGAAGCUGCUGAUUGAGUCCCUAGGCCUGCGAAAACUAAACAAGCCUCCUAAGCCAUCGGACAUUCACAGAUGGAGCAAGCCCCCAGUGCAUCAUGUGAAGGUUAACUUCGACGGUGUUGAUGAAAAUACAGGUGUAGGGGGCUGGGGUUAUGUGGUUCGUGAUUAG